AUUCGAAAUAAGACGAGGAGGGGGUGAUUGUUUAAUUUUUUUCAAUAUUAUUUAAUAUAAAAAUAAUUUAUCCUUUCAAAUGAUAAAAAAACAAUUCCCUCAGCAACCACAACAACAACCACAACAAACCCCCCAGCAACAACAAUAACAAACUUAUAUAUAAUGUGAAUAUAUGAAAUUUUUUAAAAUAUAUUUUUAUUGUUCAAACUCAGUAUAAAUUUAAUCAUCAAGAAAAAAAGGGAUCAUUCAAACAGCUUCACUUUAACUAAACACAAUGUUUUCAACACCAUUGAAUACAUCUUCAUCUAUACCAUUCAUAGAAAAAUGUUCAAUUCAUGUACAGAAUAUGGAAUCAGCUGUCGGUUUUUUACGUGGUUAUAUUAGUCCAAUUCUUGUACUAUUUGGUGUAUUUGGUAAUAUGUCAGCAUUUUAUUUAUUUUUAACACAUAAACCAUGGAAUCGUUUUUCUAUUUAUGUUAUUACUUUAGCUAUUUCUGAUAGUCUUGUCUUAAUAACAAAUACAUUUUUAGAUGAUUUCCUUGGUAGAGGUUUAUAUUAUAUCACUAAUCAUAGUAUUAUUAUUAAAUUAGAUACCUUCUCAUUGUUGUCAUGUCAAUUAAUGGAAUUAAUUGGUACAUGGUUUGUAUUUAAUUCUGGUUGUUUAUUAGUUGCAUUUAGUAUUGAUCGAGUGAAUUGUUUAUAUUGGCCAUUAAAAUGUCGUUCAAAUGGUGGUGUGAAUAUGGCUAUAGUAAUAUGUAGUAUCAUUGUAAUCAUUGGUUUGAUAUUAAGUAUACCAUAUGCUAUGUUACAAACUUUGAUUGAUAAAAAUGCAAAUAUAACCAAUAUGACAUUAACUAAUUUUAUCAAUACUACUAUGAAUAUUACUACUUCUACUACUACUCUUAUGGAUAAUAGUAGUAUAAUGAGUAACUAUACUAUACCGAAUCAAAUGUAUCCAUUAUCUCAUUGUUCAGAUUGUAUUGAUAAUCAUCAUGAUGAAGAAGAAAUAAUGAAAAGUUCAUCCCCUUCAUUAACAUGUGCAUUAAGUACAAAUGGUUAUCAAAUUAAUAAUAAAGAUUUAUUAUCUUUUCUAUUUAGUACAGUAUUAACUUAUAUGGUACCAUGUAUAUUAUUAGUAUUUAUUAAUUUAAUAAUACUUAUUAAAUUAAUUAGUAUUAAAUCAAAACGACGUAUAUUAUGUAAAACAAUAAAUAAUAAUUUAAAAUUUAUGAAUUGGAGUAAUGAUGAACAAAUGAAUUUAUCAUUAAAUGAAUUUACAUCAAUCAAUAAAACAUUAUCACCAUCACCAACCCUAGCAACAUCACCACCACCCCCAGCAACAACAACACCCCUAGAAACAACAUCACCAUCACCCCUAGCAACAACAACAACAGAACAAGAGAAUUCAUUUCGAUUAACAAUAAAUUCAUUAAUAAAACGUCGUCGUCAUACAAUUAUAGAAGAUCGUAAAGAAUUAGGUCGUAUUGUUGCAUUAUUAUUAUUAUCAUUUUUUUAUUUAUGUUUUACAUUUCCAGUUAGUAUUAGUUUAACAAUAAGAGCUAAUUUAAAUUAUAAACAUACAAAAUGUGAACAUUUAUUAUAUGCUCAUUUAUCACGUUUAUUAACAUCAAUAAAAGAUAUAAAUUAUGCAUUAAAUGGUUAUACAUAUACUGUAUUCUUUCAAUUUUAUCGUAAUAAGCUAUGGAAUAUAUUAACAUGUAAAUGUACAAAAAAGAACAAGAAGAAGAAUAGCCCUAGAAACAUGAAUAGACAUCAAUAUCGUUGUCGUCAAAACAAAACAAAUACUGGUGAAUAAUAUGGAAUACGAAGGUAAACUAAUCAAAGGGGGUCUCUAUGUGUGUGUGUGUGUGUGUGUGAAAGAGGGGUGAGAGGAGGUGGGAAAGGAGUGUUAUUAAAAACAAAACACAAAAACAUUUUUCACAUUCCUCUAUGUUACCAUUAAAAAAUUUCAUUGAAUUUCCUCUCAAUAACUCUCGAAAGUUCCACAUCAUUAUUUUGAUUAUUUCAUAAUGAAAUGAAAAACAACGCCAACGACAACGACAACAACAACAGAAGAGAAAAGGCACACUCCUUGUUCUUCUUCUUCUUCUUCAAUGUUUAGGCAUAAUGACAUCAAUCAUCAUAAGUCUCAUAUUUAUUUUAAAGAAGAAAAAGAAACGAGAAUUCACUUACACUCUAAUGCAUUUCAUAAUUAUCUCAUAUUUUUUGUUCUUGUUUGUUUUGUUUUUUUCUAUAUUUAAUCAUUUAUAUAACGACUUAUUACUGAAUAUAAGUCAAUGUCAUAUUUGUUUA